AUGUUUUCCAAAACCGGCUUAUUAGCCGCCGCGUUGGUGCUCGCGAGUUUCUUCGAGAAAACCACCGCUUUUGACUGUGCCUCGAAAGAAUUGAGUAACUAUCAAUUUGACUUACUCAAAGGGGUGCAUGCUGUAUCCGUAUCCAGGGAUACCCCGCCAUCUGUGUCCAACUUUACGUGGUACAUUGCUGUUUGUGAAGACCUCAAGGUGGACGGCUGCCCUGCAGGCUCCCAGAUCUGUGGUAUCGAGGAGAUUUUGUUGCCAGAUUCCAAGCCGUUGCGCACCCAGAUUAUCUCCAUCCCGGAGUCCAUACAUCCCGUGAGCGUCCCAUAUUCGAACUUUGACCCGGGUCCCAACAAUGGGACGGGCAUUCGUAUGUUCUUCAAGGGCGCUUCCUGGGGCUCUAAGCCGUUCACAGCCUUCGUCGAGUACACCUGUGACGAGAGUGACGGCAAGAAUGAAUUUGAGGUGUCGAGGACCGACACCAGCGUGAACUUUACUUGGAGAACUAAAGCCGCAUGCUUAAAAGGCAAGUCAGACAAGGGCAAGAAGCCAUCGGGCGAUAAAGAAGGCGGCUCGUGGGGUUGGUUCACCUGGCUUUUUAUCAUCAUUGUCCUUGCGGCUGCGGUCUUUAUCAUUUUUGGGGCCUGGGCCCAGGUCUCCACUACCGGCGAGAUCAACUUGAAUCGCAUGGUGAACGACUUUGUGGACAACUCCAAGGGCGUGGGGAAGGCUGUCCCCGGGUUUGUGGGCGAGGUGGUCGAGAGGCUAGUCGGCAGUAACGACAGAGGUGGCUACAGUGCCGUCUAG